AUGGGCAAGCGGCGACGGACGCCGUCGCCCGGAGCGCCAGCCACCAACCACUUGCCGAGCGAGAGCCGCGAGUCGGACUCGGACGACGAGCCGCUGUCGUCGCUGCGACUUCCGCCGCGCCCGCCGCCGCUCCCGAUCGAGUCGCACACGCCGAGCCACAUCCUUGCACUCCUCAAGGAGCAUCAGGUUGAUGGCAUCCGGUUCCUCUGGCGGGCAGUGGUGCUUCGUGGCUCGGGCGGAGUCCUCGCCCACACCAUGGGCCUCGGCAAGACGCUGCAAGCCAUCGUCCUUGCUGCCGCCUUUCUCCGCGCUCGAGUCGGCUCGCACGUCCUCGUUGUAGCACCUGUCAACGUCGUCGGCAACUGGGCGGCCGAGUUUGCCCGCUGGUUUGCCCCGCCGCACUCGAUCACCGUCACUGUCGCUGACGAGUCGCUCGGCGUUGGCGGGCGGCAGGCGCUCAAGGCGUGGAAGCGGCUCGGCGGCGUGGCGGUCAUUGGCUACGAGCAGGUUGUCUCGCUGCUGAGGAGAGAGCAGACCCGUGAGCUCCUCCGCGAGCUCCCGCAUCUGGUCAUCGCCGACGAGGGCCACCGACUCAAGAAUGCGGCGACGGCGACGUGGCAGGCGCUCGCCUCAAUCUCCACCCCGCGUCGAGUGGUGCUCACCGGCUCGCCGCUGCAAAACAAUCUUGAGGAGUACUUUCACAUGGUUGAGUAUGUGGCGGCGGGCUACCUCGGCGACGUGGCCUCGUUCCGGACAAAGUUUGGCAAGCCCAUCGCUGCCGGCUCAACCAUGGACUCUUCGCUGGAGGCGGUCAAGCUCUCACGCGAGCGCAUCGUCGUCCUCCACUCGAUCCUCGCGCCGGUUGUCCACCGCCGCGACUACUCGGUAGUGGCAAGCACCCUCCCGCCCAAGACCGAUGUCGUUCUCUUCUGCAAGCUGUCGUACGUCCAGCGCCGACUGUACCGGCGAUGGCUCGCCGAGGGCACGCGCUCGCUGUUCAAGGCCUACCACACGCUGCUCAAAGUGUGGAACCACCCGGACACGCUCGUGGCCGGGGGUGAGGGCGAAGUCGAUGACGCCAGCAGCCACGGUGGGUGCGGUCCGGGCCGAGCGCUCGAUGUACCUCCACUUGGCGGGCUCAUCCCGGAUGAUCUGUUUGACGCAGUACUGCUGGGCGAGCCGCGGCGUGGCACAGGUGCCAAGCAGAAGGAUGACGCCGCCGCCCGCGAACCGCCACGCUCGCUCUUCACUUCGUAUCUGGCGGGCGCGCCAGAGGCGGCAGCGAGGAUGUCGGCGGCGCGAGAGCGCGAGAAGAAGCAGAGCACGGUGCGGCAUGGGCGCGGCGCGAGGCCGCAGCGUGAGAACUGGUAUGCGGGCAUCUUGGAUCGCGCGGCCGGGUAUGUGGCAGGGCGUGCCGAGGUCUCGGGCAAGAUGGUGGUGGCGCUGGAGCUGCUGCGACGAGUGUGGGCAAGCGGCGAGCGCGCGCUGGUGUUUUCGCAGUCGCUGGCGGUCCUCGACAUGUUUGAGAAGCAUCUUGCCGACAAUGAGUUUGCCGGGCUGGCGGUGUUCCGGCUCGACGGCUCGACGCGGGCUGGUCAGCGACAGGAGGACAUUGCGGCGUUUAACAGCGCGGGCCGCGGGCCGCGGGUGUAUCUCAUCUCAACGCGGGCCGGAUGCGUGGGCAUCAAUCUGGUGACGGCGACGCGGGCCAUCCUAUUCGACGUGUCGUGGAAUCCUGCGCACGAUCUGCAGGCCACGUACCGGCUCUAUCGGUUCGGCCAGCAGCGGCCGGUCUUCAUCUACCGGCUGGUGAGCGACGGGACGAUGGAGGCCAAGAUCUUUGGGCGGCAGAUGCUGAAGCAGUCGCUUGCGCUGCGAGUGGUUGACGACGCGGUCGUCGAGCGGUUCUUCCACUCGCGGGCGCUCCGCGACCUGUUUGAGCUCGUCGAGCGCGACGAGUGCGAAAUCGAUGCCGACGUCGUCACCCGCGACGCGUGGCUGCAAGGCGUGGUCGACUCGGAUGCCGGCGGAUGGAUUCUCGGCUGCGAGGAUGUCGACGCCAUGCUUGGCUCGGGUGCAGAGCGCGCACUGAGCGUUGGCGAGAAGACGGCGAUCCUCGCCGAGUGGGAUGUGCUGCAAGUCCUCGAGGCUGAACAGCGCAAGCUUGUUGCCCGCGAGGAGGUCGGCAUGGGCCUGCGGCAGGCCAAGGCCGGAAUGCGAUCUGGCCUCGUGGCGGUGGAUCUUAGCGCCGGAGUAGGUAUCUCGAGCGGAAAGUAGCAGAACUCAAGC